UGCCACAUAGUGUUGGUGUCAGUGGGAGGAAUAGUGCCCCAUCAUUGGUGUCAGUGUGGGAGGAAUAGUGCCCCAUCAUUGGUGUCAGGGGGGGGGAUAGUGCCCCAUCGUUGGUGUCAGGGGGGAGGAACAGUGCCCCAUCGUUGGUGUCAGUGGGGGGAGGAAUAGUCCCCAUCAUCGUUGGUGUGAGUGGGGGGGGGGAGGAAAUAGUGCCCCAUC